AUGUAUUUUACAAAAAUAUUUUUAUUUACACUAAUAGUAAAAAUUACUACUUCAAAUUGCGAUGUUGAUGAAAUGUUUACGAAAAUCAAAAUUAUGGUAGAAAAAUGGAGAGAUGCAAUACGAGAAGACGAUUUUGAAGAAAAGCUUGAUGAUUUGGAAAACAAAUACGAAAAAGAAAGUGUUUCUGAUGACGAUAAGGUAUCAGAUUUAAAAUAUUUAAUUGGCCUGUUAAGGAACGAGUUGCAACAUUUAACAUUUACUUCUGAGUUAUUUGAUGAUUUUAACUUCCAAGACAUGUAUAAAUUGCAAAAAGAAGUAGUUAAUGACAUUAAAAAGCCAAUUGAGAAUCUUUCUAAUCAAAUGGGUAUGAUUUAUUCUAGUUUUCAAAAAGAUCUUGAGUUUUUUUCUAAAAAUGCGACUAAUUUAUGCCCAAUGAAUCGUAAACAUCUUAAUGAACUUGUUGAAUUGUUAAAACUUGUUCAUGCGGCAAUCGAAAUAUUUGGAACUGAUUUUAAAAAAGCGUUUGAGCACUUAUUAAAUUAA